AUGGAUGAUUUGGCACAUUUAUUGGCUGGUAGUUCAGUAACUAUUGCGCCAAAUAGUACGGUACGAGAGCAUCCACGAUUUUCGCAGUACAAAUAUAUUGGACGAGCAGAAGUAAGUCAAGAAAGGCGACGACAAGAGUUUCUUCAACGCCAGAAAGAAGCUCGUUUUGAUUAUGCAAAUCAUGCACGAAAAUUGGCAAUGAGCGAAUUUGAUGAAGAUGAGGAAGAUAAAGAGGAUGAAGAAAUGGACUUAGUGCCUGAUAAAAAUAGUAAGAAGAUGAAUCGAAAAAGGAAUUACAAUCGUUAUGCAGAUGAACUAAUGCUUAGUGAAUGGUUGGUGGAUAUUCCAGAGAGUUUAUCCAAGGAUUGGAUUUGUAUACCGUGUCCGGUUGGUAAACGAUGUCUUGUGGUCGCAUCUAAUGGAGUAACAAGUGCUUAUUCGAAAUCCGGUUAUCUCAUUACACAAUUUCAUUCUUAUCUUCCGGGCGGAAAUCAUCCUUGUCGUGGUGCGUAUACUCUUUUGGAUUGUGUUUUUGAUGCAAAAUCAUCAACAUUCUAUUGUUUGGAUAUGAUUGCAUGGAAUAGCCUUACAGUUGCUGAUUCGGAUUUUGAUUGCCGUUUAUUCAUGAUGAAUUCGCGUAUAAGUGAAAAUGAGAAUUUUCAUGAGAUCUCAAAGCAAAUACCUUAUCGUUUUAUAUGUCUUCCAUAUUGUCGUUGUGAACAUAGUUCCAUGACAGAAAUGAUGCAUCGAAAUUUUCACUUCGAAAUUGACGGUGUUCUUUUUUAUCAUGCUAGUGUGCAUUACCUUAAAGGUCAAAGUCCACUUGUAGGAUGGUUGAAACCAUGGAUGAUACCAGAAAUUUUAUCGGUUCCAGUACCAGCAAAAUUGAUGAAUGGAAAUGAAAUAGUAGCAGGCGGUUCACAAAAAUUUAUCGAAACGUAUAACCAAAAGCAUAAACAUGUUAGCAUGAUUGGUAAAACUCCCGAAAGUGUUUCCAGUUAA